UUACCGCGCCCAUCUCUGCUGUUUGAUGGCUGGAGAAGGAAGAAGCGACUGAGGUCCUGGCGUGAAGGGAGAGAAGUGAGGGACGACGACGGUGGGAAAGACGAGAAGGGAUUUUUUCUUUUUGCUUCGAGUUGGAGUUUUGCGUGGACACGGAAGAACCCCCUCAGACCGGACUCCGACGCCGCCUUUUCUGGGUGAACCGCCGCCUCGUCUCUGCGCCUCUGUGCCGGUGUGUCUCCCCCCUCGGCGGGUCUGAAACUGGGUUCGGGGAGUGUCUCUCCUCGGUAGCUGAACGAGCUAAAUCUGAGCGCCUGGGCGGAGAGAGGAGAGACACGAUUCCGCUGUUUCCAGUCAAUGUGAUAUAAACACCGGACACCCUCGACUGAAAGCGGAUCAGCAAGAGUCUAGGCGGCGGAGCGAAGCACACCAUUAGCAGAGGAAAAUGAGUGAACUGGAUCAGCUACGCCAGGAGGCUGAGCAGCUAAAGAACCAGAUCAGAGAUGCCAGGAAAGCGUGUGCAGAUGCUACCCUUUCUCAGAUCACAUCUAGCAUCGACCCUGUUGGCCGAAUUCAGAUGCGCACUAGACGGACAUUGAGGGGGCAUCUGGCUAAAAUCUAUGCCAUGCACUGGGGCACUGACUCGAGGCUUUUGGUCAGCGCCUCUCAGGAUGGCAAACUUAUUAUCUGGGACAGCUACACCACAAACAAGGUCCACGCCAUCCCGUUGCGCUCCUCCUGGGUGAUGACGUGCGCCUAUGCCCCCUCUGGGAACUACGUCGCCUGUGGAGGCCUGGACAACAUCUGCUCCAUCUACAACCUGAAGACCCGUGAGGGAAAUGUGCGUGUCAGCCGUGAGCUGGCUGGGCACACAGGUUACCUGUCCUGCUGUCGCUUCCUGGAUGACAACCAGAUUGUCACCAGCUCUGGAGACACCACCUGCGCUCUGUGGGACAUUGAGACUGGUCAGCAGACAACUACAUUUGCUGGUCACACUGGUGAUGUCAUGAGUCUCUCUCUGGCACCCGACACCAGGCUGUUUGUGUCUGGAGCUUGCGAUGCCUCUGCCAAGCUCUGGGACAUCAGAGAAGGAAUGUGCCGACAGACCUUCACUGGCCACGAGUCGGACAUCAACGCCAUCUGCUUCUUCCCCAAUGGCAACGCCUUUGCCACGGGCUCAGACGAUGCUACCUGCCGACUGUUUGACCUGCGUGCUGACCAGGAGCUGAUGAUUUAUUCACAUGACAACAUCAUCUGCGGUAUCACCUCCGUGGCAUUCUCAAAGAGUGGCCGUCUACUGCUGGCCGGCUACGACGAUUUCAACUGCAACGUCUGGGACACUUUGAAGGCCGACCGUGCAGGUGUCCUGGCCGGUCACGAUAACCGGGUGAGCUGCUUGGGUGUGACUGACGACGGCAUGGCAGUGGCAACAGGGUCCUGGGACAGCUUCCUCAAGAUCUGGAACUAGAGUCUGAAGGUGGCAUCCGGACUCCAAAUUUGAGUGGAAGACCAUUCCAACAUCACAAUGUUCAAUUUUAUUGCAUAUCCAAUCUUUUCAAAAAAACACCAUGAUACUGACUCCAAACACCCCAAAAACUAUCAAGGGCAAAAAUUCUCUAUCUCUCUCUAUAUCUCUCUCUCUCUCUAUCUAUCUAUCUAUCUAUCUAUCUAUCUAUCUAUCUAUCUAUCUAUCUAUCUAUCUCUCUCUCUCUCCUUCUCAUUUAAAAGAGCACAAUUGUCUGUCACUCAUUCAGCUACAAAAAAACAAACAAAAAAAGUGGAGGAAUUAAGUGGUUUCAAAAUGGAAUGGAGGGGGAAAUUGUGCAUUCCUCCCAUGACAAUGGUCUGAUAUUGUAGUAAGUGAAAAAACUAACUUCCCACCACUGCUGCCGCCACCAAGCAAACAUGCCCUGCGUCCUCAUUAUACACAGGUCAGGUCUGAGUGAAGGUUAUUACAUGACAGUGAUCUAACUCUUUAUAGCUUUUUGUCCAUGGUUAUUUUUGUUUGUUGUUUUCAUGAUUAUUUUUUGUUAAAGAGGCGUAGAUCAGUGAACUGUCAGUUAAUGUUUAAAAUAAGGAUCAAAGCUUUGUUUUAUUUCUUAGUCUUUACACAUUUUAGAGAAUGUUUUAAGUUGAAAAGUAAAAGAACCUCCAGAUCAUGUCAUUUUAAAUCCAGCUUUAUCCCACUGGAGAACAAAGCGAGAGAAUUGAGCUUCAACAGGGAGUCCUCAAGCCACUUCUGGCCCUUCUGUAUAUUUAGUCCCAUGAUACUUUUACUGUUUCUUUUUUCCAGUGUAGUCCACAAAUCUUUGUUUGCACAAAAAUUAAACUUUGCAUAUAUAGAAUAAUGUCUAAAGGAAAAAAAAUUAACUAACCAAGCACAUGCUGUUUAUGAUAAUGAAUGCUCGUUUUUAAAACUAAAAACUACAAAAAAAAAAAUACAAACCAUUUUAACCAUUCUUACACCUUUUUGUCUGGCGACAGUGAAGAAUAAUUAAAUGAAGAUUAACCCAUCGGAUCAUAAUCCACCCUGCCCCCUUAUUCAUUUUUUUUCUCCCUUGAUUUAGUUUAGUUUUCCUGGUUUCUGUUGCCCGUGGUUGAGACCGGUGAUGUGAUUUGGUCGGGUCGGUAGUACCUCCACUUUCGCCCGGUUGCAAUCCGGACGUUUCUCUUUUAACAGAGGUGCCCAUUCCGUGCUUGGAAAUGCAGUUACUACUCUGUGAAUGACAUGUUGUAUAAAUCAAUGUUUGAAAAUAAUGAUAUUGAAACUUUUUAAGUUAAAAACGAGAAAAAAAAGAUUUUGGUUGUCUGCCAUGGGUGGGUUAUCUCUUAGAAUCGCAUGCUGUAGAAUUGCUUAAAAAGGUGCAUAUGAAAUUGAGUCCUUAGAUGUUUUUCUUUAAGAAAAUAACCUGUUGAAUAUAUCAAUACAAUGGUAUUUAUAUUUUUCUUUUGUUGAUUUUUUUUUUUUUUUUCUUUCCUUUUUCUUUUUUUGGCUACUCCGUGCAUACAUGAUUCAACUAAAAUGUCAAAGCUAUGCACUUGAGAAGCAAACCCUGCAACAUAAACGGUUACUUGGUCCAUACUUGGGAGGGAUUCCACAAAUUAAGAAGUAACGUCAAUGUUAAAUUGUACACACAUGCAUACGUACAUUCAUUCACCUUAAACAUACACAAUCUCAAAUGGAACAAAUAAAUUUUCAUUCCUACUGUAGCAAACAAAAUUCCACUUACAAGAAAAACAUUUUAUAACAGGUUUUUUUCUGUCCUUUAAUAAAAAAAAUAAAAAAAAUCUUGCAGCAAUUGAAUGGCAGAAUUUUCUGUUGUUCCCUUCUCCUUGUAAACAGAGACGCUCUUUCUUUAGCAGUAGUGACAUUUUUUUCCAUUCUGUUUUUUCUCUGGGACAUUCUGUACAAAAAAUGUGCUGUAAUUGUGCGUUAGGCCUGGAGUUGGCAAAAAAUAAAACAAAAUAAAAAAUAUUAAAAUUUUAUUAAAAUUCCCUUUCCUUUUCUCUCUUUCUCCAUCAAAUAACUGUAGAGCUCUGCACCCCCACUGUUCCCUUUUCACCUUUUGUAUUUAAUUUUAAAGUCAGUCAGUGUACAACCGAAAGCUGGAUGCAAGAUAGAAACUAUAUUAAAAUGUACUGUUAUUUAAGAUGUAAUAAAAAGCAGUUUGAGAUGACCUACUGUGUUGAGUGUGAUUCACUUAGAGCGGUUCCCACUGAAGCUAGAAUGUUGCAGACUGUUUCCUUGUAAUUAUGUUCAAGUCAAAUAAACAAUUUCUUAUCCACCGUUGAA